GACACCAGGGACCAGCUAGGAGGGCGAGAAGCGCCUCCAAACCUGGAAAUAAGCCCACACACUCCAGACAGGCGGGUUCCGUCCCUCUCACACACACUGCUCCCGGACUCCACAGCUCCCUCUGCAAAGGACGCCAUGAGCACAGAGAGCAUGAUCCGGGAUGUGGAGCUCGCGGAGGAACAGCUCCCCAGGAAGGCAGGGGGCCCCCAGGGCUCCAGGCGGUGCUGGUGCCUCAGCCUCUUCUCCUUUCUGCUUGUGGCAGGAGCCACCACGCUCUUCUGCCUGCUGCACUUCGGGGUGAUCGGCCCCCAGCAGGAAGAGUUCUCCGGUGGCCCCCCUUUCAGACCGCUGGCCCAGACACUCACGCUCAGAUCAGCUUCUCAAAACGGGAACGACAAGCCCGUAGCUCACGUUGUGGCAAACCAACAAGCACGGGAGGAGCUCAAGUGGCUGAGCAAGCGUGCCAAUGCCCUCUUGGCCAAUGGCAUGGAUCUCAGCGACAACCAGCUGGUGGUGCCGGCGGACGGGCUGUACCUCAUCUACUCCCAGGUCCUCUUCAAGGGCCAAGGCUGCCGCUCCUACCUGCUCCUCACCCACACCGUCAGCCGCUUGGCCGUGUCCUACCAGGACAAGGUCAACCUCCUGUCUGCCAUCAAGAGUCCCUGCCAGAAGGAGACCUCAGAGGGGGCCGAGCUCAAGCCCUGGUACGAGCCCAUCUACCUGGGAGGCGUCUUCCAGCUGCAGAAGGGUGAUCAACUCAGCGCUGAGGUCAACCUGCCUGAGUAUCUUGACUUCGCCGAGUCGGGGCAGAUCUACUUUGGAGUCAUCGCCCUGUGAGAAGGACAGACGUCCAUCCAUCCCUCCCCCUACAGUUCCUUUUAUUAUUCUCUCCUUCGGGUCCCCUCAUCUUCUUCUGGCUCAGAGAGGGAAAUAGGGAGUCAGGGCCAAACCCCAAACAUGGAAGUUUCAACAAUACCACCGCUCAGAAGCCCGGGGGGCAGGGACGUGCGGUACAGACCAUGGGGUACUCACUAACCACCACCAAGAAUUUACACUGGUGCUUCCGGCACUCACGGGGGCUCACGGUUUGGACCCCUGAAUUCAAUUUGGGACAUCUGGAAGGUGAGGUCCGGGAAGCCUCUGGCUCGGAACACCCCUUGGGAAGACCUCACCUAGACCUUGACAUGAGUGACCCCCCCAGGCCUUGCUCUCUUCAAAUGCUUCUGGAAUCUUCCCUGAGCUCCCCGCACCACGUAGGGCCAAGCCCCUCUAUUUAUGAUUGCACUUGUAUUUAUUAUUUAUUUAUUAUUUAUUUAUUUACUGAUGAAUGUAUUUAUUUGGAAGGUUAAGAGUGUUUAGGGGCCUGCCACAGGAGCAGCCUUGGGCCAGACAUGUUUUCUAUGAAAACAGAAUGAACUGUAGGCUGUUCCCACCUGGCCUCUCCCCGGCCUCUGUGCCUUCUUUUGCUUUUGUUUAAAAUGAAGUAUUUAUCUAACCCAGUGUCUUAAUAAUGCUGAUUUGGUGACCAACUGUCGCUGCAUCGCUGAAACUCUGCUCCCCAGGGGAGCUGUCUGUAAUCGCCCUACUGGUCAGUGGCGAGAAAUAAAGAUUGCUUAGAAAAGAAA